CGAGCGUUUAUCAAGGCGCCAGCCUACGCAACCUUGCCCGACGUCAACCUUCUUCCUCCAACAAUCCACCCCUCUUCUACUUUUCCCACAAAAAAAUUAUCGCUGAUACCCGAUCUUCCGCUGGCAUCGCUUAAUCCAUCGAUCCAUUACCCUCACAACCGCCAAAAUGCGCAGCAAGUUCAAAGACGAGCACCCCUUCGAGAAGCGCAAGGCUGAGGCCGAGCGCAUCCGCCAGAAGUACUCUGACCGCAUUCCUGUCAUCUGCGAAAAGGUCGAGAAGAGCGACAUCGCGACCAUUGACAAGAAGAAGUACCUGGUACCAGCAGACCUCACCGUCGGCCAGUUCGUCUACGUCAUCCGCAAGCGGAUCAAGCUCUCCCCGGAGAAGGCCAUCUUCAUCUUCGUCGACGAGGUGCUGCCACCGACGGCCGCGCUGAUGAGCAGCAUCUACGAGGAGCACAAGGACGAGGACGGGUUCCUUUACAUCACCUACUCGGGCGAGAACACUUUUGGCAACUUCGAGACCGCCUGAGCAGGUGGGAUUCUUCGACCUCGUCCUUACAUUUCCUAGAUUCGUUCGCGGCGUUUUCGGUUAUUGAUUUGGGACGACUCAAGAGACUAGGGUUCGCUUGGGAGAGGACGGACUGGGUUAUGAUGCACAGCGUUUUUCUUUGCUGGGAUCGUCUUGCAGUAGCUUCUUGAGCCUCCGAUGACGUCAGGGAAGGGAAAGGCGCAUGCCACGGCGGCAGCAGGUUAGCCGGCGAUCGAACACGACGAGAAUGGUUCUCUGCCAGAGACCACGAACAGGGUCGGUGCCAGCCUCUAUAUUAUCACGCCAAGAACGACGGUUUCCCG